CAUUGUGAUCGAUUUCGGUUUUGGUCGUAUUCGUUUGUGCAAAAAUGUCGUUGACCGAUCAAGUGAAAAACUUCAAGAAAUCGCUGAAUGCGAAUACCAUUCUUGGAGUGAAGAGAGUUGCAAGCAGCUCUACGAGUAACUCGUUGGAUAAUAAGACCACCAGCUACAUUGCGGGCAACACCAAGGCUUCGUUUACUUCAUCUGGUCACGAUGCCAAGCGAUCGAAAAAGGCUAUGGUCUAUUCGCAACCUGCUAAUACGGGUACUGGGCACCAUGCCAUGAGUCAACUGUACAACGUCAUUCAGUUUUUGAAGGAUUGCGAUCAUCCCCAAUCGGUCGUAAGCAUUGCUUCUCGUACCAAAGUCGAUAUUACGAAAAACCCCCAAUUGUGGGAAAAAUUGGUGCAUAAUGAUAAAAUUGAAUAUGACGCAACCAACAAGACGUUUGCUUACAAGCCAACGUAUCAAAUUAGAAGCAAAGAGGAUUUGCUCACGUUGCUUGUGCAAAAGAAGAAUGAAGGCGGGAUGGAUUAUAAGGAUCUGAAAGAUUCAUACUCGAAGCUUAGCAGUGCUGUGGAAGAGUUGGCAUCCGAAGGAAGGAUCUUGGUGAUCCGCAAUAAGGACGGCAAUCCUCGUGUACUCUUUUUCAAUGACAUGCAAUAUAAUACCCUCAUCGAUGAAGACUUCAAGAAAAUGUGGGCGGAUAUUAGCAUUCCGGAUGAAACGGAUCUGCCAAAGGCAUUGGAAAACGCCGGUCUGAAGACGAUGGAAGUGUUUGAAAAGAAAGUUAUUACCGAUCCCAAACCAAAGCGAUCAAAAACCCGCAACAAGAAAAUCAAGAUCACCAACACCCAUUUGGCACACAUCGAUUUGUCCAAAGACUAUAUUCCCAAGAAAUAAUGCCACGCAACUGACAGUCGUCUUCACUAUCAUACAUCACAUCAUUCACUGCAUCACCUCCAACCAUCCGUGCAUAUGAUUGCUGCUAACCGUUUCUGUUACUCAAAUUUUUCAAUCGUACCUGACAGACCUUUCGCCACGUUAACCCUCAUGAUUUCACAUUUAUUUAAGCCACUUAGAUCCUAGAAAAACCUUUAAACAAAGCAUAUAAGGUUUCUUCGUCCUUCCCCCCAAAAAAAAAGUUAGCAUAAAAAUGCUCUCCGAUUACAACUGAUCUUACAAUAAAAAGCUCGGGCUUCCCUCGCCGAGUUCCUCGAGGCAGC